AUGCGGUCCUGGGCCAUUUGCUUGCCCUUCUGGGCCCUCCUCUUUGGCCGCAUCGCACUUGCCCUUCCUGGAACUACCAGACACGCCCUUGUCAACCGCUCCGAGCAGGAUUUUUUCACGAUGUACGGCGCAAACUACGACCUCGCUCCUCCAGACGGCGAACGGCACUUAGCGAACAUCAAGGACGUAUUCAUGGUUAUGACCCGCUCGCUCAACGCAGAGCUGUCUGCGAUGACUGCGGACCCUGCGGCUGCUCCCACCCCAGCGCCCAACGCCGACCCCUUCAUGGUGACCGCCCCGCCAUACAUGGGCCCUGGGCCGGAACUCCUCCCCACGGCGAGCCCUUCACCGACGAGAGUGAGCGACGAUGAACUGUUGUCGAGCAGCCAUACGCCCGCGCCGUCGCACAAGAUGGUCGUGCUCGGGUCGGUGAUUGGGAGUAUACUGUUCUUUGCGUUGUGCAUCUUUUUCUUGUUUAACCCCGCCUUUUCUGGUCGGUUCUGUCGCGGUUCUGGAGCGCGCAAGUGCAUUCCUUCUUCCCACCGUCCCAUUGCGGGUCCUUUGCCUUCAGAAGAGGUGAAGGAGGUGAAGGACGACCCGUCGACGCCACCUGGUCUUCCCCCCUCGCCGUCCUGGGUGACUGUCGGCUUCCAUAAGCAAGGCGCGCGCUCGACGGUGCACCAGGAUGACGCCGCCAUCGACGACACUGAGAGUGUGGGUGAUACGAUCAUCGAGAUGCCUGUGGACUCUUCUCCCGCAAAGUCCAAGUUCUCCGUCUGCUCCUCUGAGUACCUCUCCCUCUCGUCCAUGUCGCAUGUGAACGUGAACCGCGACUCGCACCUCACUGACGACUCGGGGACGAGCACGAUCAAGCCUGACUGUCCUCCUGCUCCUGCUCCUACUCCCUCUUCUCCCACACCUCCAUACGCCUCUCCUUCUCCCUCUCCGAAUAGCUCUCCAUCCAGAAAGCCCGUCCGCCCACCCCGCCCACCAACAGCCGACAGCCCCGCGCUCUCCGACUCGGUCUACCUUGCGUGCUCCGACCAGCCCUACGUCAUCGUCGCCCCGCAGCCGCUCACCGACGCCGACCUCCAACCCGGCCCUACUGGAACUAGUGCACCUGCUGUUCCUAAUCGCAUCGCCCCGAAGAAGAAGAUGCUGACCCCGAGCGAGUUCUUCGCGCUGCACGUUCCUGCCGCCCUUGCUGCAUUGGGCGUUGGCAAUGGACGGCCUUUCGGGUCGGGCGGGGGAAGUAAGACGGUGACUGGAGACGAUGAGACGACGACACGCCCGUUGUCAGAGGCGGCUGACUCCGCUGCCGAACGCGAACGUGAGGACGAGCGAGGCUCGAGGACCUCCCAGAGGCACUCAAGGACAAAAAGUGCCCCGGCGCUCGGACGGGCAGGCAAGCUCAAGGGGCGCAAGGCGAAACUGGGUUCGCGCCGUGCAAGUGCGGAAAAUCUUGGACUGAUAACCGACCAGGAAGAGGGUGGGGAGGACAUAGACGCCGACCCAAUUGCCCGCCGGGUGAUGCAGCACCGCAGGAGCCGCUCCGCCUCGGGCUGGGCGUACCCCGCGCGUGCACAGUCAAGGCGGUCAUUCAAUGACGAUUCUGAGGUGUAA